UUGUCAUUGAAUAAAGCCAAAAGAAAAUGUAAAGGCAUAAACCUAACGAAGCUAAUUAAAGAAUUUGGAAUGGUGAAUGAAAAAAACAGCAAAUAGGCAAAAGUCUAAAAAUGAGAAGUGUUUGAACAAAUGAUGUCAUGUUCCAUAGUACAUGAUCUUAUUUUUCUACUAUAAAAAAACACCCUGUGUAUCCCAAAAAUAAAAUAAAAAAACAAACAAACACCAAACAUCAUCUCUUUCCUCAAAGAAUCCAUCUCUCCCUCAUUUCUUUACCUAUACCUUUAGAUGGAAUACAGAGAAGUAGCAAUUCCUCCUUCAUCCUCUCCUCAAUCUCUUUCGCCAAAGUCUUCGAGUUCAUUUUCUUCUCCUCCGCCUAUCCCACCAUCGGUUGUUAUUAGUCCUUGUGCCGCCUGCAAGAUUUUGAGGCGCAGAUGUGCUGAUAAAUGUGUGUUGGCACCUUAUUUUCCUCCAAACGAACCCACCAAGUUCACCAUUGCUCAUCGAGUCUUUGGUGCUAGCAACAUUAUCAAGUUCUUGCAGGAACUUCCAGAAACUGAAAGGGCCGAUGCAGUAAGCAGCAUGGUGUACGAGGCUAGUGCAAGAAUCCGAGACCCGGUCUAUGGUUGCGCCGGCGCAAUCUGUCAGCUGCAAAAGCAAGUCAAUGAGCUUCAAGCACAAUUAGCCAAAGCUCAAGCCGAAGUGGUCAACAUGAAGUUGCAGCAAGCGAACCUUGUGGCCAUACUUUGCAUGGAAGUGGCACAGUCUCAGCCGUCUCCUCAACAAACACCCCACCAAUCCGUCGAUAAUUUCAUCGGAAACAGCCCGCAGAGCUAUGACAGCAACCCGAGUUUCUUGGAAGACAACCACUUAGAGUCAUUAUGGGAGACUCAGCCUCUCUGGACAUGAAGAUUGAUGCUUAAAUAUGAAGAAUGAAGCUUUAUUAGAAUAUACUAUAAGAUCCCAUGAAAUGAAACUCUCCCGACUCUAAAUCAAU